AUGGAAGCCAUGGAAGUAGAUAGCAAACCUAAUGCUCCAGUAGUCACUUCGUCAGCAAAUAAUAGUAAUUCACAUUCUGCCAAUUCAGCAGCAAGUAUUAGUUCUAGUGCAACACAACCUCAAACUGUAACAAUGGGCGGUAACAGUCCUGGUGGAGAAUUUAUCAGCAGAGAAUUUACCAAAGAUCUUGAUGAAUGGAUUGCGCAAUUGUAUGAAUGUAAGCAGCUGACUGAGAUUCAAGUGAAGCUGUUGUGUGAUAAGGCUCGCGAAAUCCUCAAACACGAAUCUAACGUUCAAGAAGUCAAAUGCCCUGUUACAGUUUGUGGGGAUGUUCACGGACAGUUUCACGACUUGAUGGAAUUAUUCAAAAUGGGUGGAAAGUCUCCAGACACAAAUUAUUUGUUUAUGGGUGAUUAUGUUGAUAGAGGUUAUUAUUCUGUGGAGACUGUUUCGCUGCUUGUUUGUCUUAAGGUAUCUUUAAUUUUGAUUGAAUGUCUUGGGGUCGUUUAA